AUCUCAAAUAGAACAAGAAUGGGUCGAUGUCAUCCGAUGCCUUUUUGUGAAUGGUCGCGAAAUGACUGGAUGAAAGUACACGAGUUUGAGGAGAAGCGACUGUUAGCAGUGAAAAUUUUCUACAUUUUUAUUAUUAUCUUCACGAUUUUUGGAAAUAUUUUAGUUUUGGUUGCGACCUGGAGAGAAAAGAAACUUCAUCAACCGAAUAAAUAUUUGAUCGCUUGUCUGGCUGUCGCAGAUCUUUUGGUUGGUUCACUUGUCAUUCCAUUACGGCUGUAUAGGCUGCAUCUGACCAAGACAGAAACAUUUGCCAUAUCUAUCCAUCUACACCGUUUUAUGUUUUGGAUUGAAACUAUGGCGAUAACAACAUCUGUUUAUACAAUGACCAUAAUUAGUUUUGACCGCUAUCUUAAAAUCAGCAAGUCGCUACAGUAUAGAUUGCGAAUGACUACAUCCAGAUUACGAAAAAUAAUUUUCGUCACCGGUCUUUUUUCCGCGUCAUUUUCCACUUAUCUCACCAUUCCUCGUGCAGGAUCCAAAACAAGCCUGUUUGUCAAAGACAAGAAGUUAUUGAAAGAAAUCCAGACCGCUUUAGCGGUAGUUGGAUUUUUCGUACCCACUAUUGUAAUGCUGGUUAUGUACGCCCUAAUCUUUAUUGUCGCUCACAAAAGACAAAAAAUGUUGCGAAAUGGAAACCUGGGCCAAAUAUCCAAUCCCCUUGGUCAGCGAACUGCCUUACGCAAUGAUGUGAAGGUGAUUCGGAUGCUUUUUCUUGUCGUUGGCCUGUUCAUUCUUUGUUGGGGUCCGUUUUUCACGUCUUGGCUGUUAGCUCUUUACUAUCCAAACUUUCCUGAUUACGACGAAACGUCAGUGAGCUACUGGAUUCGCUUAGAGAAAAUUAACACAGCAAUAAUGGAAAUACUUCCUAUGUUCAACAGUAUGUGUAACCCAAUAAUUUAUGCUUGGCUUGAUCUAACAUACAGGAAAGCGUUCAAAAAACUGUUUCAGCAAAUGAUUUGUCGCCGAAACUGA